UCUUACUUUGAAUAAUCGUACAAUGGUUGAGUUAACGGAUACUCAAAAGGAUUUUAUGAACACCGCAUUUAAAUUGGCUUACGAAGCUUUAGAAUUGCAAGAGGUGCCUGUUGGUUGCAUCUUUGUGCAUAGUUCUGAAAUUGUUGCAACUGGUUGUAAUACUGUGAAUGAGACUCGUAAUGCAACCCGCCAUGCUGAAUUGAACUGUAUUGAUAUAGUGAAUGACAUUUGUAAAUCGCGAGGUCAAGAUGUUAGAGAUUUUUUUGCAGGUAUUGAGGUAUAUGUAACCGUCGAGCCUUGUAUCAUGUGUGCGGCUGCCUUGUAUGAUUUAAAUGUGAAAUCGAUCAUUUACGGGUGUAAAAAUGACAGAUUUGGAGGUUCAACUGUAUUUGAUGUAGCUUCCGUUUUGCAUCCUAUUACACAAUCCGUCGGGGGGUUUAGGGCAGAGGAAGCAAUGAGUUUAUUAAAAACAUUUUACAAAGGGACCAACCCUUCUGCCCCGCCUCAUAAAGUUAAACUUAAGAAUAAGGAUAAAUAGAAUUAUUUUUUUUAUAGUUUAUACAUUUUGUCAUUUGACAAAUACAAUACGUUUUUAACAGUAA